CAGAAACUGAAAGUAAGAAACCCCCGCCCUCCGCAGUAGGGUGGUUACUAUAAACUCACUUUAACUUUUUACAUUACCUAUUCGUUCGUUUACUAAAGUAUUUAGCGUUAUAGUACCAAAUCGCCAUGAUUGCCGCCAAGUCAAGCAAGUUUUCUGCGUGGUUUAACGUUGUCACCUUGGUUUUGCUCUUCCUCCUUAUGUCGGCUGCCUCUUCAACCAAUGAAGGGCAAAACAUGAGCCAGUCUUGUGUCGACGGCACAUACGAACAUGAGGGGAAGAUGUGCUGUCUGUGUGGCGCUGGUCUGCACCUGGAAGAACACUGCACUAUGAAUCUACAAAUUGGAAAAUGCAAGACCUGUCUUGAAGAGACAUACAGCAGUCACCCUAAUAACCAUGAGUCCUGUGAGCCCUGCACAUCCUGCUCACAACCCAAUGCCAAUCUAGAGGUGGACGAACCUUGUACCCCUGCCAGAAACACUAGGUGUCGAUGUAAAAAGGAUCACUAUUGCAGCAGCGACAUAAAAACCUGUAAAAUCUGCUACCCUUGUAAAGUAUGUGCUAAGGGCAUCAAAACAGCCUGUACAGCCAACAGUGACACAGUCUGCGAUGAAGGGUAUGAUAUUGUAGGCAUAACAGUCGGCAUAAUUGUCACACUGGCUGUCAUUGGACUUGGUAUUGGACUUGGCCUUUGGUUAAGGAGACGCCACCAAAAGAGACAACUCCCAGUCGCACUGAUAAAUGUUAAUACACCUGAGGAGAACAUUCAGUUUCUUAGAGUUGUGGAUCUCCGGCCUCACCUGCCUGACAUUGUAGAAGUGAUUGGAUGGGCUGAUAUGAAGGAUUUAGCAAUACGCAGCACUAUAUUAGACCCCACUAUUGAGACUUGUGAAUUGAACCACCCUGGUAAUUAUCAGGAGGCGACACUUGAACUACUAAAGAUCUGGGUGGAGAGGAAUGGCAAGGAGGCUUCAAGAAACUUGGUCCAAUUACUACACAGGAGUGGCAAAAGGGACAGAGCAGAGAGGGUGAUGGACAUAUUGUCUAGACCAAAUAAUAAUCCUGCUUGAAGGUCUAAUGUUGGCACCUUUCAAUUAUUUGCACCGCUGUCUACUGUAUGAAUUAUUAUUUUUGUACCAAUUGAGAUGUUUACAUGAUAGGAUUAAAAUGGUAAUACUUAUUUAAGAAUGUAUGUAACUAUUAUGAGACUUUGUCUGAACUACAAUUUUGUAAAAGCAGAAUUUAAGGUGAGAUUUUGGAGGACUGCUGUGAUCUAGUGAAUGCUGUUAUCUAGAGGGAUCCCUGUUAUCUGCUCAAAUGCUGGACUGAGAGGUUUUUGUCAACCAUUUACUUCCAGUUUUAGGUAUGAAAGUGUUCAUAAAGAUUACAUUACAGCCGUUACAGCGUAAAUGCGAGUGACACGCUCCCUUUCAUAGUCUAUACAGCGGACGCAAGCCUCACGGGGGGGUUCGUGAAAUGCAAUACACCGCUCACGCAAAG